UGAAACCAAUACACUUCACAGGUGGCUGGUAAAAGUUUGAAGCCUGCCAGAACUCUGUGCAGUACUCGUUUCCGCUUUUAACCCUACUAGUAUUCGUAUCCGCACCAACCCUACUAAUAUUCAUAUCCGCUAUAAACCUACUGGUGAACCCUACUAAUAUUCAUGCCACAGUGUUCAAUUACCGUUCACUUCCUCAUUUUCUAUGGUUUAUGGUUUACACGCCGCAGGCUAGGCCGGGUAAGGAUCUGACACGCGCUGAUUUAAUAAAGACCAACCCUACUAAUAUUCAUGCCACAGUGUUCAAUUACCGAUCACUUCCUCAUUUUCUAUGGUUUAUGGUUUACACGCCGCAGGCUAGGCCGGGUAAGGAUCUGACACGCGCUGAUUUAAUAAAGAUAGCGGCUUUGCCAGACAUAGACGUCUUCUGGGAUGAUCUACUCGACCCUCUGUUGGUGUCUCGCACAGUGGGCUCUGUUGGGCAUGACAAUGUCCGAAAGCACCUGACAGACCACUUCGAGGCGUUAGGCUGGGCCAGUGCCGUCGAUCAGUUCAAUGCCAUCACGCCCCUGGGAGCGCUGACCUUCCGCAACCUCAUCUUCACUCUAGACCCAACCAAACCCAGGCGGUUUGUCCUGGCCGCUCACUACGACUCUAAGUUCUUCGAAAGCCAGACCUUCAUUGGCGCGUCAGACUCGGCAGUACCCUGUGCGAUGAUCAUGCACCUGGUCUCCAUUUUGGACACGGCCCUGAAGGUGGCCCAGGCGGAUGAGUUGAGUGUGAGGAACGAUACGACACUCGAGAUUGUGUUCUUCGACGGGGAGGAGGCGUUCGAGAAGUGGACAGCGACAGACUCCAUAUAUGGGGCUAGGCAUUUGGCGGCUGUGUGGGAGAGCAGGAAUGCUUUCGCGUGUUCGGGUACGGAUGGGGCAGGCGAUGCACACUGCGAUGUUGCUAGGUAUGGAUGUGUGCAUGUUUGA